UUUACCCCAGCACUCCCCACAUCACAGCCACGCACCCCCAUUCCUCCAGUCGAUGUUCCUUCACCAGUCAACCCUGCACCAGUCAACCCUUCACUAGUCAACCCUUUACCAGUCAACCCUUCACCAGUCAACCCUGCACCAGUCAACCCUGCACGAGUCAACCCUUCACCAGUCAACCCUUCACCAGUCAACCCUUCACCAGUCAACCCUGCACCAGUCAACCCUUCACCAGUCAACCCUUCACCAGUCAACCCUUCACCAGUCAACCCUUCACCAGUCAACCCUGCACCAGUCAACCCUUCACCAGUCAACCCUUCACCAGUCAACCCUCCUCCAGGCAAACCCAAUCUGGUGAACCCUCCUCCAUGCAACCCUGCUCCAGUCAACCCUUCCCAGCCAGUCAGCUCAUUUCAAAGAAAUACUGCCCCAGUUAACCAUACACCAGGUGACCCUGCACCAUUCCAUCGUACCCCAGUCAACUCGAUCCCAGCCCAGCCCCCGCCUGCGUCUAUCGCAUCACCCCGCCUGCCAGCCACCCCCACUGAUCCGUUUUACCAACCCUCCAUCCCCUUCCAGCCACGUCCCUCUCAACCUCCUUCCCUCCUCUCCUCUGCUCCUCCCCCUUCUUCUCCCCCUCUGCUCUUCGCUCUGCCACCAUCUGGAGCUCCAUUCCCCCCUCUGCUGCUCUGCUACAGACUCGCACAUAUCCUGCCCUAACUGUCACCCGAGCCUCUCUUCCCCCUUCCACCUCGCAACAGACUCGCUCAUAUGCUGCCCCUGGCCAGCCCUUGAUCCCACUCUCAGCACCUGCUCUUGCUGCCACCACUACCAGCACCACUGCUAGCACCAGCAUCACUCCCACCCGGCAGCAGCAGCAGCAGCAGCAGCCGAGCUUUACCCACCAACUUCCAAGGCUCAAGCCCACACUCUGGGUGCCAAACCUCACUGCGUCUGUAGCCCCUCCCGUCCACCCCUCGGCUCUACGGCCCUGCGUUGAGGCGCCUGCAGCCUCGGCUCUCAGGGUAGUUGCAGAGGUCCCUCAGGGCCCAUCUGGCUUUGAGACGUCUCAAAACUUGGAGGGCCCUCAGGGCUAGUCUGCGCGCUCUCCCCUGCUGCCAGCCAUGCAGCCUGUGGCGGCACUGCCUCUUGCAGCUGGUCUGCCUGUACUCACACAGACUCAGCCUCCCCUUUCAGUGGCAUCUCCACCCAUCCCUUCACUCACACAACCCCAGCCCAUCUCUGCAAUCAGGCUUCCUCGGGUGUUACCCGUUCACAUGCCUCCCCCGUUUCUCACACCACCACCUGCACCGGCCACAGCCUGUACUAGACCCUCCCUUACCGACAACAGUGCUCCUUCUACUGUGUCUGCCGCUUCCCCUGUAACCGCAGCAAGCAUUGAUGCGGCUGCGCCUGCUGUGACUGCUGCUGCCAGGGCAACAGCUGAGAUGGCUUUCCCGUUGCUCACACUACCUCGUGCAGCAGGCACGGCCAGCACACUCUCCCUUACCGGCAGCAGAGCUGCUCCCACAGCAGCUUCCGCGUCCACCACUGCCGCUGUAAGUAGUCAUGCUGCUGCACCUGCUGCGACUGCUGCGGCUGCUGCUGCUGCUGCGGGGGCCGCUGUUGCCGCUUACAGCUCCUCUGAGUGCAUUAUCGCCAGUGGCCCUGCUGUUUCGUCACAAGCCACACCUAACAUUGCUGCUACAUCCGGUGUUCCUGCUUCGAGUGGUGCUGUUGUGACAAGUGUUGCUCCUGCUACAGUCGGUGCAGCUGCUGCAGCUGAUACAGUUACUGCCAGUACCGAUCAAGCAGUCGUGCUGCCACCAAUGCCAGCUAGCGCUCCUGCAAUUGCAGGUGGUACUUGUUGGGCUGAGAAAAAGCCCUUAGGAUCUUUUACAGAGACUAAGUCCCAGCUGUAGAGACUUGAGACUUGGAGUAGUGCAGCGGAAGUUGAGGCAGUUGAACCCUUGUACUAGUAUGUGAGAACAAGUUCCGCAGGAGGACUGUAUACGCCAGUAGCGACUGAUACGUGAAGAUCUCUUGUUCUUUUCCAGUGCCGUUGCUUGGGAAUGGCAGGGACCCGUUGAAGUAUCCCAGAAGAUGCGCGGCCUCCAUCAGCAGCUCGAACUCGAAGCUCCAGGAUCUUUUACAGAGACUAAGUCCCAGCUGUAGAGACUUGAGACUUGGAGUAGUGCAGCGGAAGUUGAGGCAGUUGAACCCUUGUACUAGUAUGUGAGAACAAGUGAUU